CCCGCAUUUGCCACGAUAUUUCACGCCUCGGACUAAAACGGUUCUGAAGGGAUUCACAUUGUGGUGCGCGAGUUUGUGGUUUUUAAUGAGUGGAAUACCCGUCUUCAAAGAAUUCGAGGUUGUUUACUCAUUAUUAAAGAAAAACUUGGACACCUGUAUUUAUGCAUAGUAUUCAACUAACUUCGAGAUGUCAACACCCGAGAACGAUAAUGGCUCCUCCAGCGGUGCUUUCAAAGGCCGAUCAAAGCCACCGAGUCUCCUCGCAUGCAUCCCCUGUCGCCGAAGUCACUUAAAAUGUAGUGGUGAGAAGCCGCUAUGCAAGCGAUGUGCCGACAGGAACGGGGACUGUUUCUGGGUUGAAUCCAGAAGAGGAUACCGCGAGUUCAGAAAGCACCAGCCUGAGAGGUUGAGCAGAAAUGAUGCCAUAUUCAACGAAUCGCAGGCCUCCAACCCCGAACCACCCUUUGUCGACGAGGCUGACGCCAGCAAAAUCCGGGCUCUUACUUAUGAUGAGCUGUUUCCUGACGAUCUGAUAGACCCUACAUUAGCUACGAUGCCGCUCGAGCUGCAGACAAUGCCUGGCCCCCGGGCCCUUGCCUCCAGCCCGGGUGGACAUAGUGACUCAACCAUGUCGCUACCUCGAGAGCCCAGAUCAACAGGUGUCGCUAAUGCAGGCGACGACUUGAUCGAACUAUUCUAUAAGCAUUUCUACCCCUGUCACCCUUUUGUCGCACCAAGGAAAAUGUAUCUCGAAGAUCCAUCCAUUCUAUCCAGGCCUCUUCGCAUUGUCAUCCACUGGCUUGCAAGUCACUAUGUGCCAGGUACAAACCAGACUGCCCUUGAGAAUGCUGCCAAGUGCAUCUUUUCGGACGACAUCCCCGAUGAUGGAAUCAAGGUCCAGGGCCUCCUUCUCUAUGCCAUGACAUGCUUCGCAAGGUUUGGUCAGGAAGAAGGAGCCAGCGCUCUCGGCCAGGCCAUUGAGAUCGCUUUGAGGAUUGGCAUGAAUCGACAGAGCUUUGCCAUCCAGCAUGGCCGCAAUGACCCGACGGUGCAAGAAAUGUGGCGCCGAACAUGGUGGACCUUGUUCAUCAUGGAGGGCACCGUUGUGGUUAUGGGCGGACAGUCGCAGCCCUUCCGGCUAUACUCAACCUUCAACGACGUCCCCCUUCCCGGGGACGACGAAGACUACAACGACCUUCGCGCCUCACCUUUGCCCCGUACCCUUUCCGACCUCCGCGACCGCAUCAUUUCCGAAGACACAUACUCAUAUUCCUCUUUCGCGUACGCUGUCGAAGCAGCCUACAUUCUUGGCUCCGUGCUUGCUUUGGAGCCCGACACCUUUGCCGUCACAGAUCCUCAGGUGGAGGCCAUUGAUGCAAGCAUCACGAAUUAUUUCCUCUCUCUACCUCCCGGCAAGCGUGAGGUCAUUGGACAAUGUGGGCGUAUUGAUGAAUGCCUCCUUGUUGCUCACCUGCUGGUCAACUGGGCCGCUAUCAGCCUUCAUCGGCCUCGGUCGAGCCUGACCUUCAUUCGCAAUCACUACCGUACCACAUGUACACGCGCUGAAGCCGCCGGUCUGCCGGCACUUGCGUACUCCUCACAUACAGCAAAAGCCCUCCGAGCAGCAAACAACAUCGUCAACCUCGCAACAGUUCAACAUUCCAUGUCUUAUGCCCCACCGGUACUGGUCUGUGGCAUCACCACGGCUGCCACGGUGCACCUGCCCGCAUAUGGCCUGAUCGACCGUCCUGAUCAGGCGACUGCGAUCAAGGAACGCUUGCAAGUUGCCAUCUCAGCGUUGGCUGCUUUUGGUGAAGUUUGGCCCCGGGCCAACAUAGCCAAAAGUCAGGUGGCCAAGUUUGCGCGAGAAUUACUCACCAAGCAGAAUGUGUGCGUCGAUAGUACAGGCCCAGAGAUGAUCCCGCGCAUUGCCAAUGAUUCGAUGCCGCAGCUACAGUACGACGUGGCCUUCAACGGCGAGCUUUGGAUGGAGAAUUUGAUCGACAGUGAUGCUAAUGUUGGUGAUGGGCAAUCGUGCAACGUGCUUGACAACUUUGCCAUGUCGCAAACACAAAGCACGACAGCAUCGAGUAUGCCAGCGUUGCAGACCGCCUCGUGAUUUCAAGGCGCCAGGUGGAACUGCGUGACUGAAUUUAUAUACAUGGGGUAUGAUUGUUUGUAUUCUAAUAUUUGACGAGUCAUGACGCAUGAUCAUGGGAUGGAUGCUUCGGGAAUUUGGACUUACCUAUAGGGUGGCGGUCUGGUCUGUUUGACUAGCGGUUUUCAUGAUAUCCUUCUGACCUUCUUGCAACCGUUGAUCUUAUUCUCCUCGGCAUGUGUUCAAGUACGGAGAUGACCUUGUAAGCGAAGAGUGGCGAUUCAACUGUUGCAUCCUCUGCUCUGGUGCAAGUGUACCUACCAUUAGUCUAAUUUAACUGCAUUCAUUCUCAUCUCCUUUACCAUGCUGGCGAUCCAUUUUAGAUCUAGAUUCCGAAUGACG